CUACUCAACCUCUUGAAGCAAAUAUAUAUAAAAACAAACAAAUAUAAAAAUAAAAUAAAAAUAAAAAUAUAAAAAAAUAUAUAAAUAUAGCCUGCCGACGAUCCUACGUCACCAAAAUCCUCAUCAUCACCACCGUCUUCUCACUUAAUAAGAUCUACAAAAAUCAGUAUUGCCAUUCACGUUUUCUACUCACUCACACCAACAUUUUUUUUUAAAGAUCUCUCAAUAAUUUUUUUUUUUAUUUCACAUCUUUCUCUCUGCAAAUACAAAUAUAUAGAUAUAUAGAAAUAUAGAUAUAGAUAGAGAUGGGAGGAGUGCCAUCAACGCCGCGGUGGGGCGGUGGAGGAGGCGGAGGGGAAGAAGAGACGGCGGAGUAUUUAAUAGGAACAUUUGUAGGUGAAAAAAGUUUUCCAGUAAAAUCUGAAUACUGGAAUAAAUUAGUUGAACUUAGCCCCUUUGAUCACCAUUGGCCUUCUGAUCGUGUUCAACAAGCUUGUCUCGCUUUCGCAAGAAACAAUUCAUCUACAAGACACCUUGCCAAGAUCUUAAUCCACUUAACAUGGUGUUUGCAAGAGUUACUUUCUACUCCCAAUGCUCCAUCUGCAGCUUCAAUGAAGGCUGUUAAUGCAUCGUACAUAUCAUCUGUAUUUCUAAAGUAUUCAAUUGAAAAUUUGAAAAGCGAGAACCUUGAAGAUUUGUAUUUGUCUCUAGAUGAAAAUGAAACACUGCCAGACAACAUCCAAAAAGGUGAGAGUGUUAUAAAUAUGGUUGUGCAUGCUGUGCUUAGCUAUAUUGUCAGUGUGGAUAUAAGUCCCAACACGUAUCUCCUACAUCUUGAACUGCUGAACUUCAUGCUCAUUGCUAUGUCUACCCAGCUGCUUUCUGGGCCAUCACCUGGACCAAAUGAUGUUCACCCGUUCAUUGAUGCAGCAAUGAGUGAGGAGAGUUCUUUGGUAGGUUUGGUUGUUCAUAAACUACUUCUAAAUUACAUUUCACGUCCGAAGUCCAAAAGUAGUGCAUCUUAUACCUUACUUUCUGAAGAAAAUCAGCUUGGAGUGCUGAAAAGAGUUGGUUCUGUUGCUGCAAAUAUAGUGCUAUAUCCACUUAGUUACUUUAUCAAUUCAAGUGCUGAAGCUUCAAAAAUUCAACUGGCUGAUAGCAGUAUCAAUAUAUUACUUAUACUUAUUCAUUAUCGUAAGUGUAUUCUUGUGGAAUCUGUAAAAAACAGCAAUGCCAGUGUCACUUCUGAGUUUCUUCUGAAAGACGAAACAUAUUUUGCUGAGAACCCGUAUUGCAAAGCCUUGGAAAAUGUUAGGGAUGUUGAGUUUGACCGUGUAGAUAUAGAGGGAAAUGCACAUAGUGGUCCACUUGUUAGAUUGUCCUUUGCUGCUCUCUUUGACACACUUGGCAUGUGCCUGGCUGAUGAAACAGCUGUUCUGCUUCUGUAUGCGUUGGUUCUCGGGAAUUCAGAUUUUCUGGAAUAUGUUUUAGUGCGCACUGAUAUAGAUACAUUGUUGAUGCCGUUACUGGAGACACUAUACGAUGCUUCAAGAAGAACAUCAAAUCAAAUCUAUAUGGUGCUGAUAAUUCUGCUUAUACUUAGUCAAGACGCUUCUUUUAAUGCUAGCAUACACAAACUGAUUUUGCCUUCUGUUCCAUGGUAUCAAGAACGCCUUCUUCAUCAAACAUCUCUUGGUUCUCUCAUGGUCAUCAUUCUUAUUAGGACAGUGAAGUAUAACAUGUCUAAGAUGCGUGAUGUUUAUCUUCACACUAAUUGCCUUGCAGCUUUGGCUAACAUGGCACCUCAUGUACAUAGACUUAGUUCAUAUGCAGCACAACGGCUGGUUAGCCUUUUUGAUAUGUUGGCACGCAAAUAUGCGAAACUAGCAGAGCUAAAGAAUGACAAAAUGCAUUCGAGUGAUGGAGAGCUCAAGGAUGAUGAUAAAGUUCCUGAAGAUACGUCCGCAGAAUUGCAUAUAUUUACCGACUUCUUGAGGAUCGUAUUGGAAAUUCUCAAUGGAAUCCUGACUUACGCACUGCCAAGGAACCCAGAGGUGAUUUACGCAAUUAUGCACAGGCAGGAGGUUUUUCAACCAUUUAGGAACCAUCCACGCUUCAAUGAGUUGCUAGAGAAUAUUUUUUCUGUUUUGGACUUCUUCAAUAGCCGUAUGGAUGCACAAAAACUGGAUGGUGAAUGGUCAGUUGAGAAAGUGCUUCAAGUUAUUAACAUUAAUUGCAGAUUUUGGCGAGGAGAUGGUAUGAAGAUGUUCACCCAACUGCGGUUCACAUACGAGCAAGAAAGCCAUCCUGAAGAGUUUUUCAUUCCAUAUGUGUGGCAGUUAGUAAUCUCUCGCAGUGGUUUCGGUUUCGAUCCCAGUAGCAUAAACCUGUUCCCAGUCGAGCUUCCUGUCGAGAUUAGCUAUGGUGUUGGGGAGACCGAUACAGACCAAAAGAUACAGUUAAACACGACGGAGGCUGUGGAAUCAUCUGUCUAACGGGCACAAUCAUUUUAUGUACAUACAUAUAAGAAAAGAAUAACACUUAUAAAUAAGUAAACGUAUAUCUCAUAUUUUCUAACACAAGUUUUGAUAUGGUAGGUGUAACUCUUUUAGCGAUCAAUUGAUGUAGUGACAUUAAAAAGCUGUUUGCUUAUAGUUUUUGUUGGUUAGAAAAUAUGUUGGUUUGUAUUGUCGAUGUAUAUUUGGAAAAGGUUCUUAUUGUCGAUCUUUGGUCAA